AUGAACCGGUUAAACAGGCAGUUCGUGAAGCUCAGGAAGAGGUCAGCUGAUGAAAACGACGUCGGAAUCCUUCUUCACGAUUUCAACGAAGCCGACAAUCUGCUGUCCAAAUUGAUUGAGGACACCUCCGCCUGGCGCGAUGGCUGGUCAGCUAUCCUCAAUUACCAGGAGCGUGUCGUCGGCGAGUUCAAGUCACUCUAUGCUCCCAUCCCCGGAAAUACCUCAGGCUUGCAAACCUCCACUACCCCGGAUGAUGUGACGUCACGGACCACCAAGCUCCACGACGACUAUGCCCAGCUACGCCAGGACUUGCUGGCAGAGCUCAAUUCCGUGGAUGAUUCCAUUAUUAUGCCUGCAAGAGUGACCAAGGAUUAUAUCACACCCAUGAAGAAGACUAUCAAGCAGCGUCAGGAUCGCAAGCUGGACUUCGAACAUUACCAAGGGAAAUACGACGGCUACGCGAAGAAGCCCAAGCGAUCGGACCGAGACAAUGCCAACAUGGCGAAAACAGAGCAGGAGCUGGUCAACGCCCAAGAUAUGUACAACCGCGCCGACGACACCCUCCGCGAACGUCUCCCUCGAAUUCUCGAAGCAAUCUACUCCCUCCUCCCACGCAUCCUCGCCGUCCAGAUCCGUCUCCAAAAUACCAUGCUGGCGCACUACUACACCAUCCUGCACACCUUCGCAGAGGACUACCAAUUCAUGUCUCCCCCACCACCAAUGGACCAAGUCCUCCUCGAAUGGGAAGAAUCGCACCUCCCCGUCCGCGAAGAAAUCGAAAACUUCCGCUGCCUCAUCCACGGCAAAGCCCGACAAGGCAGCACCGCUGCCACCAACCAAAACAACCCACCAAGCCCCCCUUCCCUCCGCGCACCCCCACCAGAGAACGACUACCUCUCCCCCCGAUCCGCCUACGACAACGACAGCACCCGCCCCCCAAGCCCCGCAAGCAGCUACACCCAGACAAUCUUCAGCCAGCCCCGCAACAGCAUAGACACAACAUACACCGUUCCCGAAUCCCCAGAAACAGGCCCCAAAUCGUCCUCUGGCUACAGCAAUACCCAACCCCGUCGUCCAUCUCGCAUCCCCUCAACAUCGACAAUACCAACUUUCAACACACCCGACUACGACACCUCCAACUCCAACGCCAACUCCAACACCAACUCCCCACCAAAAGUCCUCGCCCCAAAACCCUCCUCCUCAAACCUCUCCACAACAUCAUUCUACACAGCCAAAUCCUCCCCCUCCCCUGCCCUCUCAGCAAGCACAACACCAAUGAGCACGGGCUACGCCCCCGCCGGCCGAAGCCCGGAUUACUUCACCCGUCAAGCCGCUUCAAAACCCACCGCCCCCAAACCAACACUCACAACCACGUCCACCAAACCUCAAGCCCCAGUCUGCAAUAACUCAAUCGACCAACGCAUCUCUUCGCUCGGUGCUGCGGCAGCUGUUGCUGCAACCAAGAAACGGCCUCCGCCACCACCGAAACCGAAGGUUCACUUGGUGACGGCAUUGUAUGAUUUCCAGGGGCAGAGUGAGGACGAAUUGGUGUUUUAUGAGGGUGAUAAGAUUCGGGUUAUUGAGAAGACGGGGAGUUCGAAUGAUUGGUGGCAGGGGGAGUUGAGGGGGGUGAAGGGGUAUUUUCCGGCGAAUUAUGUGGAGUGA